CUGCUUUUUCUUCUUAUCUUAAUCUCUCAGAAUUUCAGGGUCGGAUUAGACAAAUUGUGUUCAGCUUGAAGUGUUCCCUGCGCAGGUCUGGUUCAUCACACGCGCGUGCACGGUGCAUGAGGCGGCUCUCGCGCAGCUGAAUGAGUCUUUCACACACACACACGCACACACACAGCAGUGAGGAGGAGGAUCUCAGUCUGGGCUGGAAGAAUGUAAGGGUGUGUACAUGAGUCAUGACCACAGAUUUCACUCGACAUGUACCUUUCUGGACAGGGUUCAGGUGUUCACUCAGGCUUUCUGACAGAAAUCAAGCUGUAUUCUCAGCAAAGCUUCAUCUGGAUUCGUUAUAGACACACCACUGAUGUGAUGAUGCACUGAUCCUCGCGAGAGAAAUGAGUGUGUGAAGACUUUACCUCCAGCGUUGUGUUUUCACCAGACCCACAGAGACCGAGAGGGACAUCCCGUUGAGCUGCAGGUGUUGAGCUCGGCUCCCGAGGCGUGAAGAUGCUGCAGCAGAUAUUGUCUGACAUGUUCAUCCAGCCCGAGCUGCUGGCCGAGCUGAACGAGGAACAGAAACAGAUUCUGUUCUUUAAGAUGAGAGAAGAACAGAUCCGCAGAUGGAGAGAAAGAGAGGCGCAGCUGGAGAAGGAGGAAGCUGCACGUGUCAAAGCCAAAAAAGUUUCAGGAAAGACUUUGUCGUGGAUGAAGGGUCUGGAUGAGGAUGUGUGGGUUUGGGUGAUGGGAGAACAUCCUGAAGACAAACCCUACGAUCAAAUCUGUGACGAGAUCAUGGGCGAGAGAGCAGCGCUGCAGGCUCAGAGAGAGGCCGAGGAGCUCCGGGCUAUGAAAGAGGCCGAGCUGGAGAAGCGUUUUUCUGGCCUGGAGCAGGUUGUGUUGUCAGAGCAGGAGGUCCAGCGGAGGAGAGCGGAGGAGGAACUCAAGGCACUGGAGCUGGAGGAGAGGCGUAAGGCCGAGGAGGAGCUGAGGAGGCUGGAGCAGGAGAGGAAGCAGCAGAUUUACAUCAGUCUGAAGGAGGUGCAGAGCAGUAAACACACUCCAGAGGAGGAGGAGGACAAGGAGUGGAAGAACACAUUGCAGAAGUCAAAAGCUGCAGACAUGCGCAGACGAUCUCUGGCCAAGCAGACUAUUGAGGACCACCGCAGACGCUCAGUUAAAGCUCUAGAAAGAGGACGGGUAGAGGCCAUGACAAAGGCCUUCGGAAGCACCAAUUUAACCACUCCACCCAAACCCAAACCCAGAAACAGCAGCGGUGCUAUCAGCCGGAAGGGUGGCAUGCGGCGCUCAGUGACAACUUCUUGCCGAGAUCAUAUUAUUCGCUGGUUUAAGGAGGAACAGUUGCCGCUCAGAGCAGGAUUCCAGCGCGACCAAAGCCGGAUCGCAUCCUGGUUUCACGGUAUAAUAUCUCGUGAACAGGCAGAGGCUCUAUUGAACGAGGGAGAGCCUGGGGACUUCCUGGUGCGUGUUAGCGAGAGGAUCUUUGGAUAUGUGCUUUCCUACCGAUCCAGUGAGGGAGUCAAGCACCUGCUGAUCGAUGCUUCAGAGAGCUGCUACAUGCUGCUGGGAGACCAGAUCAGAUUCAGCUCGCUCACUGAACUGCUGGAAUAUCAUCAGGUAGAGCCUCUGAGCUCGUCUGGAGCGGAGGAGUAUCUGCGGCGCGCGUGUGGACAGAAAGCAGCCGCACCAGAUUAUGCAGAGCUCUUCAUCUGAACGCCAACCAACAGAAGAGUGGAGAAGCUGUGCCUUAAGGCUGACUUAUACUUCUGAGUUGGACCUACGCAUCAGUUUUCAUUUAUACUUCUGCGUCGGUGGCAGUACACAUGCAAACGCUAGUCUUCAGUGUCCACACUGGUGUAACCUGCAGAACCACGACAGAAGCCCAAAGAGGAAACGGCUCGUCGGAGAAGCAUUAAAGCUGUGACAGCAACAGAUAAAUAUCAAAUCAUUAUUUAAAACUACAAAAAGAGACAACAAAGGAACAGGAGAAGGGAUUCUUUCCAUCUCCACAAGGACUUGUACCAGGGCAGAUCAACACUGUUGGUCGAGGACAACUAGUGAUGUAUAAUGCUAUGUAAUUAAUAAAUGAUAAGAACCUUG